AUGCAUCUGAUCUUGCCUCUUGUUGACCAAGAGUCUUGGUUUCUUUUACUGUCUAUGGGGUUUCCCCGAAGUGCUCUAUCUCCCUGACAACGAUAAGUAUCUACAGUAUACAAGGCUGUGUAAACAAUCGUGCAAGGUCUGUGACUGGUGACUCAGCCAGUGUCUAAUAGCGUUUACAAUCUAAACAAUCGUGCCAUGUGACGCAUGACGUGUUUCCAUGAGGUCAGAUACUAGGUGAAUCCAGAACUUUCUUAUUCUCGCUGUUCAGCGUUAUAUGGUUAUGUAUUCGGGUUUAUUAAAAAUAAACGUACAACACGCAGCAAACGCAAAUGCUGAAUGACAUAACCGAUCACAGCUGAAGCAUGGCUCACAGUGCUGCGUUUACCCGAAAUCAUCAGAAGCAUCUCCAGAAAAUUGGAAGAAGAAAGUCGAGUGAUGUCAUCAGCGUGAUUGUUAUUUCACAAUAAGAGCUUUUUUGUUAAACGGUAACACCAGUGACACAACUCCAGGGGACCACUACUUUCAUUAUAUAUUUUAUAAUAUUUAUUUAGCAUUUUGUUUUUUAAUGUAAUUUACAUCAUAUAUUUUAUAGUUAUGGACACAUGGUUGUAUUUUAAAUAGAAGAAAACACUGUUUUUGACCUCAAAAUAAAGCAUUUUCCCUCUGUACAUGACUGUGGGGACGAGCACUUCUGUGGUGCUUGGAAUUCUAAUUAAUUAAUAAAAAUCAAAUAUUGCCACAUUGAUGGCUCAAGAUUACAUAUUGUUUCAUUUUUAAAUAUAAAAAAUUGUAAACCUAAAGUGUUUUUCAAGUGUAAUAUUUCUGUAAAGGCUAGGGACAGAAAAAUUGACAUUUCCGUAGAAUGACCCUGUUAUGUAACUUUGUUUUUAAGCAAUUUCAUUGUUUUAUUAACCAGUAACAUGGCAACACAUUCACAAGUUAAUUAAUUCUGUUCUGUCCUUCGUGAACUUCAUGAUAUCAAGAGAUUUGUGUUAGGUUUAGAUUUAGGGUGGUUAGGAUUAGAGUUUAAUGAAUAUCACUUCUGCACAAAAUCUCUGCGUGUAUAAGUUAAUACAAAAAACUGUGUGUGUGUGUGUUUGUGUGUGUGUGUGUGUGUGUGUGAGAGAGAGAGAGAGAGAGAGAGAGAGAGAGAGUUAAGGAAAUUAUGUUCAUCCAAAAAAAAAUAUUUGGAGAGAUAAGAGUUAACAACAUAAACAUUAACUACUUUAUUAAAAAGAAAGAAAGAACAAUAGUUUUUGUUUACUAUCUUCAGCUCUACAACGCCCCUUGGCACAAUCUUCUGGACGUUGCUGUUACAUUCAAGAAUGUUCUGCAAUUGUCUGCCACGUGUCGUCUUUUUUUCUUCUUUUAUUUUAAAGACCAAACUUAGCGUUAGUCUGUGCUCCAAAGCGUUCGAGAUUUACAAUCUUUCCAGCGAGUGUGCUUGAGUUGAGAAACACUGCAGUGAAUGGGUUUUAAGAAGAUUGUUUGUUGCUCCGUAACACUCGUUGCUUGCCUACGAAGUUUCCCGGAAACUACGUCAGAGGUCGAUACAUAUAAUGGCGUUGAGGACUGACAUCUCAAAGUUAAUCGAAUGUGACCUGGACAGGAUUUCUGUUGUUAAUCUCGGAGGGCUUCCCCGACAUAUGACAGAGGACUUCAUCAAGUUUGAUCUGGUGAUUCAGGGAUUUACAGAAGAUUUAUCUGUUACCAACGGCCGUGGACCGUGAUAUGAACCUGAAAGUGUUGUGCCUGGCUCUCAUUCUUUCUGAAGCCACCUGUCGCACUGGGUUUGAGAUUACUGUUCCCAGAGACACAGUCACUGGAUUUUACAGUGAGGAUCUGAUCCUCCCCUGCACGUUUCCUGUGGACAGUUCAUGGGAUCUGAGAAGCACUGUUAUUACCUGGCAGCGUGGACUGGAUGUUAUUCACAGUUUCUACUACAACCAGGACCAGCUUGAGCGUCAGAAUCAACAUUAUGUCAAUCGCACCAGUCUGUUCAGUCAGGAGAUAGCACAGGGAAACGCAUCACUCAAACUGGACAAAGUCACUCUUCAUGAUGCUGGUGUUUACACUUGCUCCGUCAGCACAAACACUGGCAGCCAGAAGAAGAGCUUUGGAGUGAAAAUUGCAGCGUUCUACUCUGAACCUCGUCUGCACUUCUCUCUGUUAACUGAUGGAGUGAAUCUGCUAGUGACUUCAGAUGGGGGUUACCCUUCUCCUACACUGCAGUGGCUGAUGGAGAACUCCGACAUCACUAACCAGACACAAACGCACCUCAUGCAGGACACUCACACCGGACUUUAUGUUGUGUCUAGUUUGAUAAACCUCACUGAAGUCACAAACUCCUCUCUGACGUUCAUACUGCACAACAAACCCCUGGGACAGGACAUCAGGAGAGAGAUCCAGCUCUUUUCAAAUAAGAGUGAGAAGCAAGAAGAGUCAGCAAACAGAUACCAUGGGCUCUUCAUAUUGAUCUCUGUUAUUCUGCUGCUGCUGCUGAUCGUGAUGAGUGCAUUGUUUGUGUUCAUUACACGAAGAAGGAAAGAACAGACCAAACUAAAUGACUUUGAAGAAGUGGAACAAGCUGAAAUUCAAGUUCCUAAUGGAAAAACAACGUGUCUAUAAAGGUUAUGUUACAAAACCACUUUAAGUUAAAUAUUAUGAAACUUACGGAAGAUGUUCUCUGAUUUGCAAUACAGACAUAGCAUAUUUUUUAUAUUGAAUGAAAUAUAUUUAUAAUGUACUGUACACAUUAUUUUCUAACCUUGGCAGCUUUUAACAAAUAAUAUAGUUAAUAAGUGUUACAUGACACGGAUCCCUUACAUUAUGUAACAUUUUAAUUCAACAUUCAUCAUUGGUGUCUUAACAGACCCUAAAUAAAUUCUAAAUAGAAUUUGUCACUCAUGAUAUAUGCUCUAUGAAGCAUUGUUCUUUUUCUACAUUGCAAAAUUAAGAUUGCGAUCACUUCCAUUAGUGUUCCAUUUAAUAUUCAUGAUUGUGUUCUGUGCAAUUGGAAAACCGUUUUUUUUUUCACCUGCUGGCAGGAUGACAUUGCAGUGCAUUAACAGCAUGUUUGCAACACUAUUUAUUGAAUAUUAUAGUGUUUUGUUUUCUAUUGAAUAUCAGUUGGUUUUUAAAUUCAUUAAACUUUUAUUUUUUACUAUUGUAAACUACAUUGUAUUGAGAUUUUAAUUAGUAUGGAUUAUGUAAACUCACUAGUGAUAUUCGUGAUGGUAAUAUUUCAAAUGUUCUGUUCUGAAUAAUCAUACUUGGACCUGUUAUAGGUUUAUCUUAUUACACUGCAGAAAAGAAAUAAAAAUUUGUAAAGUA